UCCUGAAUCUACAACCACGCGCUUCUCCACCGCGAUUGUGUAAUAGCGGGCCGGCAGCUAGCUAUUGUGCUAAUUUAGCUACAGCAAUUUUUGAAAGCCGUUCGCACUUUAAAGUCCACAUUUAGCCGCUUUGGUACAUCCAAACGAGGACAAUUUCUGGGUCGGUCGUAGUUAGACCCACGAUGUCCUUUCCUCCACAUUUAAACCGGCCGCUGUUACCCCCUCCCGGGUUACCCCCUCAGUAUGCUGGCUUCCCUGCAGGAGCUCCCAUGAUCCCAGUUCACAUGGGCAUCAUGACCCCCAACCCUGUAAUAGUGUCAUCACUACCAGUGGUCAGCAAACCUCCAAUCCAUAGGAAGGACCCUCUCAUCCGAGCCAAAGACGACGAGGCCGGCCCAACAACCACAGUCUUUGUGGGCAACAUAUCUGAAAAAGCCUCAGACAUGCUUAUCCGGCAGCUGCUAGCGAAGUGUGGAAUAGUUUUGAGCUGGAAAAGAGUUCAGGGAGCCUCAGGGAAGCUACAAGCAUUCGGGUUUUGUGAGUACAAAGAGCCAGAUUCCACUCUUCGAGCGCUGCGGCUACUUCAUGACAUGCACAUCGGGGACAAAAACCUUCUUGUGAGAGUGGAUCCCAAAACUGAAGCACAGCUAGAUGAGUGGAAGGCCAAGAAGAAAAGUGCUAAUGGGAAAGUGGGCUCGGAGAAUGGAGAUGAUGGAGAGGAGGUUCUGGAUGAGGAGACCAAGAAGAAGGAUCAGGCCGUCAAAACUUCUAUCGAUGCAUUAAUGCGGGAAUACGCUGACGAGCUCAGCGCGCCUUCACAGGAUGAAGAUUCCCUGCGGCGAAAAAGAAAAAAGGACAAAAAAGAUGAGGAUGACUUGAACACAAUCGAUAUGGAGGACGACAAGAGAGACCUGAUUACCAGAGAGAUUAGUAAAUUUCGAGACACUCACAAGAAAAGAGAGGAGGAGAAGGACAAGCGGGAGAAGGAGCGUCUGGAGUUUGAGCGGGAGAAGCGCGAGCGGGAAAAGGAGCGUGAGCGCGAAAGGGAAAAAAGGGACCGUGAGAAGGAGAAGGAGCGCGAGAGGGAACGGGAGAGGGACAGGGAACGGGAGCGCGACAAAGACCGUGAGCGCAGGACCAGAGAGCGAGACUGGGAGGGGGACAGAAGUCGAGACAAGAGUAUUGCUCGCAGCCUCUCCAGGGAGAAGAGCCGGGAUCGAGAAAAGAAACGAGACUUGGACGAUGAAGAGGAUCUGCACGAGCGCAGGAGGCUUGAAAGGAAACUCAGAGACAAAGAAGCAGCCUAUCAGGAGCGCCUAAAAAACUGGGAGCUCAGAGAGAGGAAGAAAGCACGGGAUAACGACAAAAAUGCAGAGAGGGAAGAUGAGCGCCGACGUGAGAUGAUGAAAGAAGGCAAACGGCUAAAAGGGUUCCUGGAAGACUAUGAUGAUGACAGAGAUGACCCUAAAUACUACAGGGGCAGUGCACUGCAGAAGCGCUUCAGAGACCGAGAAAAGGAGGCAGAGGCGGAUGAGCGUGAUAGGAAGAGAGAGAAGGAGGAGCUGGAGAAAAUCAGACAGAGGCUGCUAGACGAGGGACAUCCAGACCCAGACGCAGAGCUGCGGAGGAUGGAGGAGGAAGAGGAGGAGCGACUCAAACGCCCUCCCGUUAUCCAAGAGCCGGAGCUCGAGGAGCCGUGGGAGCAGCGCCACAGGUCUUCACGGGAGCAUCGAGGGGACCACCGCGACCACAGGGGGGAUCACAGGGAGAAUCACAGUGGGUACCAUGACAGAGUGGAGCAUCGUCCGCACCCCACCCACUCUGAGUACGACGAGGUCGAGGAAGGCGAAGACAACUACUACGAGGAGGACCACGCCGAAGUCAAACCCUGCCUCAAGCCCACCAUGAGGCCCAUCACGGUGGCGCCGUCUGUGUCGUCGGCCAGCGGCAACGCGUCGCCCAACACGCCCGGCCACGAGUCGCCUUGCGGCAUCAUCAUCCCCCACGAGAACUCUCCCCCCAACAAGCUGCCUGAUGACGAGAACAGACCCAAGAUUGGGCUCAGCCUCAAACUGGGUGCAAGCGGAAGUCCCAGUCAGCCCAACGUAAGCAAGAGGAAGAAGCUGCCGGUCGACAGCGUCUUCGGCAAGUUUGAAGACGAGGAAGCAGAUGAACAGCCGCGGAAGAGGAAGUUGGUGCCUCUGGACUAUGACGAUGACAAAAGCCUGGGGGUGGACGGCACCAAGGGGUCCAACUCGGAGGAGAAACGCAAACAUAUCAAGAGCCUCAUUGAAAAGAUUCCCACGGCCAAGCACGAUCUGUUCUCCUACCCUCUGGAUUGGUCCAUGGUGGACACUGCGUUAAUGGAAAGACACGUGCGGCCGUGGAUCAAUAAAAAGAUCAUCGAGUAUAUCGGAGAGGAGGAGCCCACGUUAGUGGACUUUGUCUGCUCCAAGGUGAUGGCUCACGGCACCCCACAGGGCAUUUUGGAUGACGUAGCUAUGGUUCUUGAUGAAGAGGCUGAAGUCUUCAUCGUUAAAAUGUGGAGGUUGCUCAUCUAUGAAACAGAGGCCAAGAAGAUUGGUCUGGUGAAAUAAGUACAAUUGGCAUUCUUCGUUACAAUGUAUAAAAUAGAUUUGGGAGAGUUUGUUCAUGGCCGACAACUUGCUUCAACAUUUUUGUUGUAAAUAAUGUCAUUCUUUGGUAUUUUCUUUAAAAGGCCCAUUUGCUUAUUUUUGAAUCAGCUUACUUGAACCUCUAGUUGUGGGGAAGUUGAUUGAGCAGGGUUGCCUUCAACAUGUGGGUUGCGUCAUUUUAUGCGCACACCUGCAGCUAGACAUUUGAGGGCAUGCCGUUGAUUUCAUUCUUUCCCCUGAAUACAUUUGUUAAAACCACUACAAGCAAAUGUUGCAGUUAAGAAUCUUUCCAUUUUUUUGUAUUGGUGAACAUUUCAAUAAAAAUGUAGAUGUUUUA